CUUUUCACACCCAGCCCCAGCCGACUUACCCUCCUCUUUCGUAUCCUCUGCCCUGGGAGUGGGUACCGGCGCGGUGCGUUCGUGCUUCGUAAAUUACGGGUGAAUAUUGAUAGAUAAGCCAUGGAAGAGACCAAUAACACAAAAGGAAGUGAAAGAUUAAAGAAAGAAGCUAAUCAGUUGGCUGCAGUGUUGAAAGAAAUGAAGGCAGGGUUAGAUGUAGUGACUGCCAAAGUACAAGCUUUAACCGCUAAGGUGAAAGCUAAUAACUUGCCUACUGCGGAUGGGAUAAGUUAUCUGGAAGCCAAGCAUUUGUUGCUUCUAAACUAUUGUCAAUCACUUGUCUAUUAUUUGCUUCGCAAGGCAAAGGGGUAUUCAAUUGAGGGACAUCCCGUUGUUAGGAGCCUUGUUGAGAUUAGGUUGUUUCUGGAAAAGAUUAGACCAAUUGACAAGAAACUUCAAUACCAAAUUCAAAAGCUUACAAGGGUUAGUGGGAGUGCAACACAACAAGAAUUGUCAAAUGAGAAAUCAGAUGAACCUCAGAAGACUGAGGAUCCAUUGAAUUAUCGCCCGAACCCGGAUAUGCUUAUUAGCAAGACAGAUAUGAUGUCAGAGGAUGGUGCUGGUAUUUAUAGACCGCCCAAAUUUGCCCCUGCAGCUGUGGAAGAGGAUCAUAAGAUGUCAAGAGAGGAGAGGAAUGCUUUAAGAAGAGAAAAGGAAGCUUUGCGGAAAGCUUCUCAGAGUGCAUAUAUUAGGGAAAUGAUGGAUGAUUUAGAAGGAAGGCCUGAAGAGGUUAGAGAAAUUAUUGGAACUGAAAGUAGAGAACUGUCUAGAUAUAUGGCAAAAAUGGAAAGGCGUGCACAGCAAGAGGAAGAACUUUUCACUCGUGCUCCAGUUACAAAGAAGGACAAAAAGAUAGAGAAACACUUAAAGAAGUCAAGAAAUGGGUUGCUUGGUCUGACUGACAGUUUCUAUGAUGAAAUCAAAACUUUACCAUUGGGGGAUGUUGCUGGUGAUCAACCAACAAGCUUUAGUAACAGUAACAGUGAAAUGUGGAAGCUCAAAAAGCGCAAGAGGAAACAUUGACUGGCAACAAACCAUAUGUACAUGCGGAAUGGAAUUUGAAGUCAGCAUGGCAAUUUUGCACUCAAGUUUUCUUUUGAGAGCAUUUUUUAAAUUUAUGGUUUGUAUGGUGCAUCGUAAUGAGUUGUUAUUUGUUCUUAUUCCAGUAGCUGUCAAUCAAUUAGAUCGAAACACAGGAUGGGAAUAUGAUUUUUAAUGUUCAGUACUAGAAUCUUCUGUUACUGCCCUUUUAACUUGUACUUUUGGCCCCUGGCGCCAUCUUUUGUUUAGUGUACCUCUUAUUUGUUCAACAUUAACAUAUGAAGGAAAGGAAAUUUUUGUUC